AUGGUACUGGAGGAACAGAGGAAGCACUCUUUAUGGGGUUUGCUUUUACUUCUGGUUGAAAUUCGUUUCUUUUCAACACCAUCUUAUUUUUUUCCCUUUCAAGGAUAUUUUUCUUCUUCUGCGCUUCUGAGGGCUAACAGUGGAGAACCUCCCAAAUUUCAGCCACCUCCAAAGCCAGUUAUUAUUGACAAAAGCAAAGUGGUGGUAGAGAGAAGGUUCCUGAGUCCUGAAUUUAUUCCACCCAGAGGGAGAAAAGAUCCUUUAAAAUACUAUAUUGAAAGAAUUGACAUGAUACGGAGGCGAAAAGUUCUCAACAUUCCAGAGUUCUAUGUUGGAAGCAUCCUUUCUGUUACCACUGCAGAUCCAUAUGCAAGUGACAAAACCAGCCGUUUUGUAGGAAUUUGCAUUCAAAGGGGAGGAAAGGGACUUGGUGCCACCUUUGUGCUUCGGAAUGUUAUAGAAGGACAGGGUGUUGAGUUUUGCUAUGAAAUAUACAAUCCUCGAAUCCAGGAGAUCAAGGUCCUGAAGCUGGAGAAGAGACUGGAUGACAAUUUGAUGUAUUUACGGGACGCUCUUACUGAAUAUAGUACGUUUGAUGUUAACAUGAAACCUGUGCCCUAUUCACCUAAUGAUGAAAUUCCUGUAAACCAGCUCAAGGUCAAAAUGAAACCUAAACCCUGGUCAAAACGUUGGGAACGACCCUACUUCAAUAUUCAAGGAAUCCACUUUGAACUCCCUGAAGAAAUUAUGGAAGAAGCACAAAAGUUGAGCCAGCCAUGGAUAAAGUUUGAUAUGCUGCGAGAAUACAAUACUUCAGAAUUAGAGAAGAAAAUAUGGAACGAAGUGAAUGAAAAGCUAAAAAAGUGACGCUGCUUUUAUACAAUAGACUACUGAGGGAGGCUACUUCUGAAUUUAAUAUAUAUUUCCUCAGUUGUUUAAGACUUACGUAUAUAUCAUCAGAAUGUACAAUAAAGUUAAUCUUUUUAAAAAAGC